UUCUUUCUCAAUCACCAGAAGAUUCCAGAGACAAUCCUUGUGCGUGUGGUGUGUCGAGUCCUGGUGACACUGUGACAGCACUUUGCGGCGAUUUCCGGGAAGGAGUUUCUUCUCACUACCGCUCUCUUGUCACUGUGCGCCAUUGUAAGGUACCGUGGUGUUCUAGUGCAGCUCCUCACAGCUGCCAAGACUAGACACUGCACUGAUCGAUUUGAGCACGGUAGUCCUUAUUCCUUUUUCGUGAAUCGUGGUUGAACCUAUCGGUAUCAAUCAUCAAGUGUAUCUCUAGCUCUGCACUGCAGGCUGCCGAGUACCCUGUACCCUGGUGACUGCUGGUGCAGUAGGUGUACAUGUAGUUCGAACCCCCGAACACUGCUAGCUGUGCAUCCUUGAGCUCAUGACAUUGCUAUGUUGGCCCCAAGUGAGGGACAUGAUGAACUGAAUCGUCGUGGAAUGCGGCCAGAGGUCAAGGAUGUGGUGUACGUGGUCGAGCCAGACUGUGACGAUGCUCAUGGGUUUGCCAACGAUAUAGGCACGCAGAAUGAGUCCAGCUCCAUGCUGGUCGUCAAUAACAUUCCUAUCAUGGUCUUUGGCAAUGAUCACUGCAAGCACAAGCUGGAGACAAUGUUCCUGGCACACGGACAUGCAGAGUUUGAAUAUGUGAAGAGUAUGAAGCGCCUUCACGUCACCUUCAACUCAAUCUUGCAGUCAUCCUCAGCUAAAACUGCCAUUGACGACAUGGUCUUCGAGGGCUCGACACUACGGGUUUACACCAACAAGAAAAUGGAGGUUGACCAUCAGCGCCUUGCGCCGCCCAAGCCAAAGAAACUGAUGCUCAUAUCGCCGCCGUCAUCACCGCCGGACGGUUGGGAGCAGGCGCCUGAGAACAAUCCCGCAAUAAAUUAUGAGCUGGUGGCAGCCUUGGCCGGUAUGAGUGACGAUGCUGGAGAAAUCGAGCUUCAGGCGGAGACGGCGCAAGCUCCCAAGCUAGUCGUGCAGAGUGGCCCCUGAUCUACUUUAAGUGUAUUGACUGAAUUCGAAUCAUGUAUUUGUUAUCAUGCUACUAAAAGGUUAGGAUACUUCACCUGGUCACUUAGGGUAGAGGUGUAUGUAGACCAUAGCUAUAUUUUUGAUGAAGUGUUGUGUAGACUUCCCCUGUCGUACAGGUACCAGAUUCUAUCUCCUACCCCCCCCCAUUCUUGCCUUGAGCUGGUCUCACAUUUUUAUUUAUUUAUGUUGGCAAUAUUGUCUUGAUUUUUGCUGUGUGUAAUUUAUUUCGACUGUCAUACAUGUGUCAUCAUUCUAUUCUUUUUAAAUAUUCACACUGAGAACACCAAUGACCAUGGUGACCAUAGCACGAUUGCCUCUUGCUGCUUGAGAGUGAGAGUACCGACAUCCAAACUACUUGGCAUAUUCUUCAAUAAUGCUGUGAGCUCAGUAGUACUUGCAGAGCACCCUACCUGCUUAUCAUAACACAUUGUAAAUUUUCA